GAGAUAGUUGCCGUCGUUGAUAAUGUUGCGGAUCAAUAAACCUACCGACGGCGUGUAAUCUGGCCUACAGUGGACCUCGGCACAGCAGGUAUGCAUUAGUAAUGCUAUUAGCAGGUACCUAGGCAAUAUAAAAUGGCGAACACCUUAGCGGCAAGCUUAGGGGAAGUAGCUACCCUACGCACUUAAGGGAAACUUGUCUUGGAGAGACACAAUAAAUACCACCUAGGUAAUACCAUUUCAUACCAAACCUAAGCACUUCCUUCACUUCCUCAUUCUUUGCACCUACUAUCAAUUCCAAUUAUUUCAGUACAAUGGCUCGCAAAAACUUAACCUUUCACCUUGCCGAGCGCCCCAAGGGAAACAUCGUUCCAGGGAAGACUUUCAACCUCGUCGAGACCGACGCCCCUACUGCCAGCGACCUAAAGGAUGGACAAAUCCUCGUCGAAAACAUCUACCUGUCGCUAGACCCCGCCAUGCGCACAUGGCUCUACGACAUCCGAUCAUACGUCCCGCCCGUCGCCAUUGGCGAGAAAAUGCGCGGCGGAUCUAUCGCCAGGGUCCUCGCUACCAAGAGCGCCAAAGCUAAGGAGGGCGAGUAUGUCUACGCUGGCAGCGGAUGGACCGAGGUCGCUGUCGUCGGCGAUGCGGAGUUCGAGCCGAUUGUGUUGCCGAAGGGCACCCAGAUCACGGAUGCGAUCGGGGCUGCUGGUAUGACGGGCAUGACGGCCUACUUCGGCUUAACAGAUAUCGGCAAGCCGAAGGCCGGCGAAACAGUCGUCGUUUCCGGCGCUGCGGGCGCGACUGGGUCCGUCGUCGGACAGAUCGCGAAGAUUAACGGUGCGCGUGUUAUUGGCCUUGCGGGCUCGGAUGAUAAGUGCAAGGUGCUGACUGAGGAGCUCGGGUUCGAUGUCGCGCUUAAUUAUAAGUCGCCCACUUUUGCGGAGGACUUUGUUAAGGCGACGCCGGAUUAUAUCGAUGUUUAUUGGGAUAAUGUUGGUGGUGAUAUCUUGGAGAAGGCACUUGCCCGUGCGGCGACGAAGUCGCGAUUCGUGAUGUGUGGUAGCAUUAGCCGUUAUAACGGCCUUGAGAAGGAGAGCCCGGGUAUUCGUAACCUGUUCGUCGUUGUCACGCAGCGUGUUCGCAUGGAGGGCUUCAUCGUCACUGAUUUCCGUGACCGGUACCCCGAGGCGAAGAAGCAGCUCGGACAGUGGAUUGCGGAGGGUAAGCUUAAGUCUAAAGAGACUAUUGUUAAGGGAGGUAUCAAGGUCGCGGAUGUUGCGAUCAGCAAUUUGUUCGAGGGUGGCAAUACGGGGAAGUUGUUGGUGGAGGUCAAGCCGAUUGAUCAGGGUAACGAGAAUAGUAGGAGUCUCCUGUGAUUGGAGGUUUAAUGCUAUCUAUGGGCUCUAGGAGGUAAUAUCACAAAAUACUAGGUACAUACAUAGGUACCUAGAUACCUGGCAGGUAAUUCGACCAGAUUUGUACCUGGGUAGGUGACGAGUAUGUAUGCGGUUCAUAAAAUACCUAACGUUAGUACCUACAUGUAUUUAGGUAGAUUGUUAUAGGAACAAAAAUAAAUUACAUGUACC